GCAGCCUUUCCAGGACCUGGAGAUGGUCGUUACAUCAACAACUUCAACCGAAACUACAACAAUUUCCGUGGUGGAUAUGGGAACAACAACGCGAACGCUCGCGGGAGAGGUUUCAAUAGAGGCGGAUAUCAGCAGACCCAGCAGCAAAAAAGAAGCUGUCUGAGCCUGUUAAAAUUCCCAUGUGCUAAUCUCGUUGUUGACGGGCAGUAUUACAAGUUUGGUUUUGUAUGUGGUGACCGAAACGGUGUCGGUGUUGCUGGCGACAACUCCCGCGAGUUAUUGAUUGAACCUGCCCGCAACCUUGCCUUGUACAGAAAGACCGUGGAAGGCGGUGCAGUCAGCCAGCACUCGGAAGAGUCGCUAGAGAGUAUCCAUCCUACAAACGGUCUCGAGCCUGGAGCGAUGGCUGAUUAUUUCCGUUCACCUGCUUUCUACUGGUAUUUAAUUAUUCUUCCUGCACUCGGGAUCAAUUUUCUCGCCUAUUAUUCGCCAAACCUUCUCCGGACAUAUGUUCCUUUGAUUGGAUCUAUGGCUGCUUAUAUCGGUACUAACUAUCACUGGAUUACGGUUUACACGAAUGUCUUUGCAUUAGUUGCACAUAUCGGAGAGAGUCUUUAUGCUUGUAUCUCUUUUGUCGUGCUCAGCAAGCUGGUUUGUGCAGACCUUCCUCCUCGGAUUCCCAUCUCUUAG